UUCUAUUCGACUAUAGUUAGCGUUGCAAGAAUCGGCUGCCAUUUUGUCUACCAUGAGAGCAUAAAACUCAUCAAAAUGAACCAUGUCAAUACUUUAACCAUAAAUUUUAACUUGCUGAGUCCUUCAUCAUUUCGUACAACUGUGUCUCUUUUAAAAUGCAUUUGGCAUGUUCUUUAAUAAUUAUAAAUAAAAAACUAAAUUUGUGAAUGUAAAUACUCGAAAUUUGCAGUCUUCGCUGAGAACUAAUUUGAUAUGCUACAAAAUGUGAACGACUGAUUAAUUUUUACUUUUAUCGAAUAUGCCACAAUACAUGCGGAAGUGAAGAAAGAAUGUACAUAUAAAAAUGAUUCAAUGUGCUUAAUAUAAGUGAUUUUGUGAAAAAGAUCUCUGUAUGAACCAAGUAAUGUUCAAUGAAUUUUAUCGAACUGUAAAAACUUUUCUAUCCAUUACGAAUACGUGAUAGAAUUGAUAUUUCAGCAUCCAAUGAAGAUAAUUAACGUUUUUUGUUAAAUAAAAAAUCCAGAAUAUUAAUAUCACCAUUGAAGUAAGGUGAGACGAUCUUACUCGUCGCCACAGCAUUCAAACUGGCUGACGUGAAAGAUGUGGGUCCAAAAAGGCCCGAGGAAACAGCCCGGCCGUCAGCCGCUUCCCUGAGACUUUCUUCAAUGGCAAGAGCAACUUUAUUGACGCUGAAAAAUUCUAACAACAAAUUGGCCAAUUUGAUUAAUACUCGGGACGCGGAGACUAUUACAGAGGUAUGCAGUGGUGGGGAGCUUCCAGAGGUGGAAAUAAUCAGUUUACUUCAAGAACAGAUACCAAGAUAUCGUCUUCGUGCUGACACUCUCACUGAAUUUCAAGGUUACGAAAACGCUGAUUGGUUUAUUCCAUCUCCAGCGCUUCAGCUUGAAGGAAAAGAAUUAAAAUUGUCAUCGGACCAGAUCCGGGAAACACUUAAUUACUUCAUUUUAUGUAGCAAUCGAGUGAGCCAAAUGACAAAAACUUAUAAUGACAUAGAGGCAGUAACAAGGCUUCUAGAGGAGAAAGAAAAAGAUUUAGAAUUGACUGCACGAAUUGGAAAAGAACUUCUGACGCACAACCAGCGAUUGGAGAUCAGUGUUAAUACCCUAGAGGCUGAAUUAAAGGCUGCAAAUGAAAAAAUAACUCAAUUAAGUCAUGAAUUAAUCAAAAAGUCUGAAUUAAUACAGAUACUAACAAAUGAUGUUGAAGAAUCGUGUUCAGAGAACGGAACGCCUAUUGGCAUUCGGAGUAUUAAUUUGGAGUUGAUGCAAAAGCGAAUUACAUCGUUAGAAGAUGAAAAUAAACAGUUGAAAAAUGAAUUUACACAGCUCAUUCGUGAGACUGAUCAUUGUGAAGCACAAGAAGCAAAGUUGGUGAAAGAUAUUGCUAGUCAAUUGGCAAAUGCAAAUAUGGAAGUUGAUGGCAUUGCCGAAGAACUUGGGAGACAGAAAGAAGAAAAUAAACUUCAAUAUGAACAAAUCAUUAGUUUAAGUUCGAAAUUAGCAGAAACUGAACUCAGACUAGCACACCUAAUAACGGAACAUGAUGAAGUAAAUGCUACGCUUGCAAUUACACGUGAAAAUCAGAAUAUUCUAGCUGUGGAACUUGCAAAUUUUAAAGAUAAAUAUGCGGAAGUUGUAAAUUUAUUAGCAGAAACUCAAGAACAGCUUCGAAAGCAAAGAAAAAAAGGAAUGCCAACUGUUAGAGGAGGUGCAUUUUUCCCUUCGAUGGGUGCAGUCCCUCAGCCUGAUUCAAUUGCGUUAGAACUAGAGUCUUCUCUUUACUCUGAACUUAGCUUAGAUUCUGGUAUUGUAAGUGAUCGGAUUCCAACUUAUAAGAAAGUAUUUGAUACUGUUAGAAGUGCUUCAAGAAUUUCUUAUGGAGAUGCUAAUCAAUUUCCAAGAAUAGGAUCAAUGACAACAUUAUUAUCAACAACAUCAGGUCCCAGAAUGAGCUGUGGUCCAACCAAACCUCCUAUAGUUUCAGAACUCUCUAGUUUUGAUUCUACAGGUCAAAGUGAUAGUGAAGGGUCAUUGUUGACUGAUUAUGAAGAUUAUCCGGCUCCUCAACCGCCAGGAGUCCCUGGAGCUCCUGGUGCUGCUGAUCUUGAAGCUGCUCUCAAACGACUUACUCCUGCAGAAGUGAUUGCAAGGCGAGCUUGUUUAAGUACCGGUACUGGUUAUAACUUUGACUAUGACGGUGGAAUUACACAUUCUCCUCCAUUCUUGCCAUUUGGGUGUCGUACACCUGAUAGUAUUAUGUCUACUGGAAGUUAUGGAAAUUUAAGUGGAUUUAGUGGAAAUACAUCUAACUGGAGAAUACCAGAAAAGCUACAAAUUGUGAAGCCAAUGGAAGGAUCACAGACGCUCCAUCAUUGGUCUCAGUUGGCUACCCCUACGCUUGGAGGACUUUUAGAAGAUAGACCAGGCGUUAAAACUCGUGGAGGUCGAGGUUUAGAGGAUUUAGGAUUAGAAACAUUUACUUUAGCUGAUUUAGAAGAAGAUGAAGAAUACACAAAUCCAGGAAAACUUUUCCAAGAUACUGGAUCUGUGUACACAUUAACCAAUAGUACAGUUUUACAUCCUGAAGAUUUAAUGCAUGUGACAUCAACUGUUGUCGGAAGUCGUGUAGCAACUGCACCUAGUAGUGCAAUUCAUUCUGGUAUGAGUACGCCUGGAGGACUUUCAAGACGUAAUUCUACAUCUACGUUUUCAACAACUGUAGGAUUGGCUAAAAUGCUUAACGAAAGAGGUAUCAAAGCAGUAACACCAUCUUCUGGAACUAUACUCAGUGAAGAUAAAAACUUUACACCGACUGCAACACCUUGCAAUAGUCCAGAUGGUUCUCCUGAUAUUUCUAGAGCUACGUCUCCAGCUCCCGAUGAGAAUUCUUUGCCAUUUGCAUUAUUUAGUAGUGGCGCAGAAUUAUUAAGGAAAACGUUUAGUAGUGAUUCGUCUCAAACACUACAGUUCAAAAGAAAACGAAAAACUAUAUUUUCAAAGACUGACAACAAAGCUCUUGGAGGAAUUCGACUUGUAGAAAAGCUUGAAAGAAUGGGUAUAGAAACAAUUAUGGCAACAAAUAUAAGCUCAUCGAUAUCUCCAUUAGCUCUUCAAGGUGCUCUUUGUACUAGAAAAUCGAUAGAAAGUCCGAUGACUCAAUUGUUCCUCAAAGGGUCUAUAUCUUCAGACAGACUUGAGUCAUCUAUUAGUUCAGGGAGCAGUGAAUCUUCAAUAAGUAAUGAAUCCUUAUCAAAACAUAGUGAUAUUGAUGAUAAAGCAUUUGGAUCUACAUUCAGAAGUCUUCAUUCACGAGUAAAUCAAUCAUCCAGACGACGAGGUGGUAUUGGUGCUACAAGAUCAGACCUAGGAAAAGUAAAAUCAGCCAUUCCACCGGCAACUACAAAAGAAUCUACAGCUCAAUCGGCAUUAGGCACUCUUAGUUCACUUUUAUUCGGUCGUAAAGGCGGACUUCUUUAAAACAAAAUUAGCAGUUCAUAUUAUUGAAUGGUAAUUUUGAAGAACGUAUGUGAUGUUUCAAUUGUAGAUAGUGAGAAUUUUUGUAUAUAUCUAAAUUUUGAACUCUUUUCAGAUGAGAGAGAGUACAAAAAAUUGGAAGAGCGUUAGGGAAUGGUCAUAGAAUACCUUCAAUAUAAGUGGUAAUUUAGAAAAUUACUCAGAAAAUGUUGGUUGGUACUUUGUUCGCAUUACGAAAUAUUAAAAAUUUUUUUUCUUCAAGUAAAAACCCCAGUUCAGAACAUAAAGCAAUUAAUCAUCUAUUUCAUUCAGUACUUUACUUUCAAACAUGAAGAUAUACUAUGACAAGAAACUUUACCAUGGGCUCUCAUAUUGUAUUAGAUCCUAAAGUAAAAAUUUCUCCUUUUAGAGAGGAAGUAGGGAAAAAGAAUCACAUGGUUUAAUUUUAGUGAAUAAUUUCUAAUUCAUAAAUUUAUUACGGCUAUUAUUGCAGUACAACCUCUUUUAUAUUCAUUACUUGAGAAUCUUGUCUUUACAAAAUAAGCAGUAUAAUAGAUGUAGUGCUCAAAAUUUCAACCUGCCACCAAUCAACUAUUUAUGCGGGAGGCAUCUUUAUCGUUCUGUCUCUUUUUCCAUGAUUGGAAAGAAACUCAUAGUAUGUUGGUAUAAUAGAAACAACAUACUUUUGCUCUUAAUCUUUUCUAUAGCUAUUUUUGUUAUUGCACAAUUGUAAUAGUGAAUAAAAAGACAAAAAUAAAGUAAAAAAGGAAUUAAAGAGAAAGAAAGAUAAGAAAGAUUGUACUGUGUUAAUAUUUAAAGUUAUCGAAAUAAUUAGGUAUUUUGUUCAGUGUUAAAAUUCAUAAUUUAAAAAAUAGACUUUUUAUUUAUCUUAAGUUUUAAUAGAUUAGAAAAAAAUUUGAUGUGUGAAUCUACAUGUUAUAUUUAAUAUGUGAUUUUUCUUCCCCUCCUUCAUUUCUUCAAAAUAAAGGACGUUAUAAUCUAAAAUAUGUCUUUAUUUUUUGAAAAAUUGCACGUAUAGUUAUUAGCUGAGUUUGCAUAUAAAUUUAAUCACAACAAGCAAGAAUAGUUUCGUAAAGUAUAUGUCAGGGUAAUGUAUUAUUAAAUAAUUAACACAUGUAGAAUAAUGAAUACUAAUAUCUUCGAUAAAACAAUUAAAUUCGUAAUUUUUUUUUUUAUCAUAAGUAAAAUUUUCUUUAAGACUAUUUACAAAAACAGUUCGUUCAUGAUAUUCUAAUUUUGAUAUUUAUUUAUUUAUUAUUACACAUAGAAAAAAAUACAUAUUUUUAAGAAUUAUUUCCAAAAUGGAGUGAUAACAUGUAUAAAAAUGGAAGAGAUAGAAAGAGACAGAACAAAUAUUUUUGUCAGUGCAGCGUUGUAAAUAAUUAUGUAAUUUAAUCAUUUUAAUUAAUCAUUGAAUUGAAAAUUUUUUAAGUAUAAAUUAGGAAAGAAAAUUUGUAGAAGAAUGCCGUCAUUUUGAUAAUCGAUGCUUUCACUUAAGUGAAAUAGGCCUAAAAUUAAGACGAUUUGAUGUAAAUUAAAUAUUUUAAAAAAAUGUUAAUAAAAUUAUUAGCAACUGAA